GAUGGAGCCUUCAAGGCGGCGCCUUUGGGGACUGAACCAGAACAGCUCAAGCAAUUGAGUUUUCAGAGAGGGUUUAUUUGUUUCCCCUUUUUUAAUGGCGAAACACGUGGUCUCUCGUAUUAGAAAAAUACUCUACUUCUUCUUAUACUUGUGAAGAAGGAGUUGCAGAGAUCGGAUUAAUCCCUUUUGGAAUUGAGCCAGGAGGAUUCUUAAAAGUUUCUAGGGGUUCGACUUUGUGGAGGCACAUGCGUCACAGAUCUGGAAAUUUGGGCUUUGACUCACCAGGAGAGCUGCAAUCCAUCAAGAAACUCGACUUUGAGGUUCACGGAAUUGCAGGUUCCAGAAAUAAUAGACGAGUUGCAGGGGUCAAAGAUCUGUAGAUGAAUCAUAGGAACUGAAGAAGAAUUAAGAGAUUCGCAUAACCUUUGAAGCUCUAACAAUCAUUUUAAUACGAAGCUUUCACAAGAAAAGGGUCACCAGAGAUGGAGAGAUAUGAGCUGGUAAAAGACAUAGGCUCUGGUAACUUUGGAGUGGCCAGGCUUAUGAGGAAUAAGCAAACAAGGGAGUUGGUCGCCAUGAAAUACAUAGAGAGAGGUCGCAAGAUCGAUGAGAAUGUGGCAAGAGAGAUCAUAAAUCACAGGUCGCUUAGGCAUCCAAACAUUAUCCGCUUCAAAGAGGUGGUGUUGACUCCUACUCAUCUUGCUAUAGUGAUGGAAUACGCAGCUGGCGGUGAGCUCUUCGAGAGAAUCUGCAACGCUGGUCGCUUUAGUGAAGAUGAGGCGAGAUACUUCUUUCAACAACUUAUUUCAGGUGUAAGCUACUGUCAUAGCAUGCAAAUUUGUCAUCGAGAUUUGAAGCUGGAGAAUACUCUGCUAGAUGGCAGCCCUGCUCCUCGCUUGAAGAUUUGUGACUUUGGAUAUUCGAAGUCAUCACUGCUGCAUUCUAGACCCAAGUCGACUGUGGGAACUCCUGCAUAUAUCGCACCUGAAGUUCUCUCCCGAAAAGAAUACGAUGGCAAGUUGGCAGAUGUAUGGUCAUGUGGAGUUACCCUUUAUGUAAUGUUGGUGGGAGCCUACCCAUUUGAAGACCAGGAGGAUCCCAAGAAUUUCAGGAAAACCAUUCAGCGUAUAAUGGGCGUUCAAUACAAGAUCCCCGAUUAUGUUCACAUAUCACAGGAUUGCAGACACCUUCUCUCCAGAAUAUUUGUGGCCAAUUCUUCGAAGAGGAUCACAAUCAAGGAGAUAAAGAGCCACCCAUGGUUUCUGAAGAACUUGCCUAGAGAGCUCACGGAGGCAGCUCAAGCGACAUUUUAUCAGCGCGAGAAUCCAAGCCUAUUCUUUCAAUCAGUUGAAGACAUCAUGAAGAUUGUGGGGGAGGCGAGGACACCACCCCCUUCCUCAAGAUCGAUCGGUGGGUUUGGGUGGGCCCCAGAUGAGGAGGAUGAUGCAGAAGAUGAUGAAGAAUACGAAGAAGAUGAUGGUGAGGAAGAUGAGUAUGAUAAGCGAGUCAAGGAAGCGCAUGCUAGUGGAGAAUUUCAUGUCACCUAAGUUAAGCGAUGCUAUUCUCAUUUUCAUUUAUCGCUUUUCAUCGCUUUUUUGUUUUCUGUCUUCCUUCCUUUUAUAUAUAUGUAGUUCAAUGAGAAUGGAUGUCUCUCAGACAUAAUGGUUGUGAUAUUGUUUGUAAGUUAUAUGAUUGUUGUUGUCUAGUGAAUUAUGUUUUUGUGUUUUUCC